GCGAGGUCUUGGUUUUGGCGAGAAGUGAAACCAUUCACGUCCAAAAAGCCACAUAAAAAUGGCAUGGUAUCGGGAGAGCAAACGCACUUGGCUUGAAAAACUUUGCAUUGAUGUAUUGAAAUGUGGUUCUAUCCCAAAACAUGUUGCUUUUAUUAUGGAUGGUAACAGAAGAUAUGCAACAAAAAAUGGAAUGGAAAAGCUUCAAGGACAUGCCUUAGGGUUUGAAAAAUUAUCAGAAACUUUAGAAUGGUGCUUAGAUUUGGGCAUAACUGAAGUUACUGUUUACACCUUCAGCAUAGAAAAUUUUAAAAGGCCCAAAGAAGAAGUAGACUGCUUAAUGAAUUUAGCCAGAGAGAAAUUUCAAGAUUUAUUACAGGAAAAAGAAAAAUUAGACAAAUAUGGUGUAUGCAUACGCAUAUUUGGAGACAUAACACUUCUUCCUGAAGACAUACAAAUGCUUAUUGCAGAUGUCGUCCUAUACACAUAUAAUAAUUCAAAAACAUAUUUGAAUGUGUGCUUUGCAUAUACUUCUAGAGAGGAAAUCACCAAUGCUACAAAAGAAAUAGCUCAAGAAGUAGUAGCAGGCAACUUAUUUCCAUGUGAUAUAACAGAAAACAUCUUCAAUCGCAGCCUUUAUUCCUGUAAGAGCUCCAAUCCAGACAUUGUUGUAAGAACCUCCGGAGAAGUCCGCUUGAGUGAUUUUUUGCUAUGGCAAAGUUCAUACUCUGUCCUCUAUUUUUUCCAAGUCCUAUGGCCAGAAUUUAAAAUAUGGCACCUGUUUUUAGCUGUUUUGUUCUAUCAACAUCACAGCAAAACUUUAAAGGUCAUUAAAGAAAGGCAUUAUCAACAAAUGACACAACUUGAAGAAAAGGAAGACACAGUAUCUGCUAUUCAAGAACAUCAAAAAAUGCAUGAAAAUCCACUGCAGCAUAAAUUUCCUUUAGAUGUCUUAGAAAUACGUGGCCAAAUGGAAAUACGUAGAAAAAACUAUUUAAAUCAAUUAGACAGUGAGCGCUACAGAAGAUUAAUAUGUAUUAAAAAUGGUCAGACAAAACAAAAUUCUCCUCCUGUAAGUUAAAUAUGUUAGCAGUGAUGAUAUACUUACGAUACUUUUUUUUAAAAGUAUUGUAAGUACGUUGUAUGUUAUGUUUCUGUGAUCAUGAAAAGUUUCUGUGGUUGAAAGUAGGGCUUAAUUUGCACGGGAGCUUGCUGGAGCUCUGCUCCUUCACUUAUUCUUAAAUUUGGGGAAAUUAGUACAAAUUCAGACUAUUUAUACAUGAAAAUGAGAUGUGAAGACUAACUCCCAUGCUAAGUGCAAAAGUCGUAUCUGCACUUUUUUUUUAUCAAAAUUGAAUCGCUGUCACCAGGUGGUUCUUUGUCAUAUAUUUCACCUAAAUACUAUGUUUUAUGGUCAUUUGUAUGUGGGAAAUAUUUUUUUAAAAAGUCUGAAAAUGUUGCAUCUGAAUCAAAUACACGGAGAUGCAAAAUUUUAAACUGGAAUUUCUCAGUUUGAACUCAGCAGCAAACAGAAGCGGAUACAGAAUAACUUUUGGAGGAGGCUCGGGAAUUAGACAGCGCAUCCCAUCCCCCUCACAUACAAUGUUUCAUACCAAUGUUU